UUUGGUUUUAUACUAAGGAGAAGUACUGGAGAUGCCAUCUUUGCACUGCGAAUGUUGAUGGAAAAGUACAGAGAGGGACAAAACCAACUGGAUUAUGUGUUCAUCAUAUAUCUGGAGAAGGAGGCAUGUGCUAGAAUACCAAGAAAGGAUUUGCGAGAGUCAUCGAUACCGGAAGUGUACGUAAGGGUGGCACAAGAUAUGUAUAAUGAAUGUAUGACAGCAGUGAGAAGUACAGUGGGCACCACAGAAGGGUUUAAGAUGGGAGUUAGAUUACACCAGGGGUCAGCUCUGAGUCUAUUCUUGUUUGCUGUCAUCAUGGGUAAGUUAACUGUUGGGCUUAGGAAAGGAGCGCCGUGGUCUGUGAUGUUUGCAGACGACACUGUGUUAUGUCGCGAAAGUAAAGGAGAAGUAGAAGAACAUCUGGAAAGGUGGAGACAUGCAUUGGAGAAGCGUGGCAGGAAAUUCAGCAGAAGAAAGACAAUCUCUGUUUAA